UUUCAUUUUUCUUUCUUUCUCUCUUUCGUCUCUUUUAUUUGUUUCUUUUAUUUCGUCUGUUGCCCUUCACAUUAGUUGACUUGUAUCAAGUUGCUGUUGUCUUUCAAGAACACACAGCAUUUCAGCUCAUAGCAUCGUCUCCCCAUACACAUCAAGCAAUAGCACGCCUUCCCUAAAUAAUGGCUGAUACUACUGCCCACGCUGAAACCCAUCCAGCUCCUGCAGCCGAUACUGUUACUUCCGACCCCGCCGCCAAUCAUACCGAAGAAAAGAAAGUAGACACUACUACCACUGCUACUGAACCCGAACCCGAACCAACCUUCUCCACUCAGGUCGAGCCGUAUGAAAACCCGGUUCUGAAUGCGGAUGACACUCCAAUCGAGUCUGCUCCUAUUGUUGCUGCUACCUCCGAUGAGAAUCCUACGGGUACCAACCCUAAUACUACAGCGCCUGCUGAGGGCGAAGCCGGGGCUGAAAUAGGAUCUGAUAAGAAGCCAAAGUCAUGGAUCGCCAAGUUGACAAGCAACAUUAAGAAGUUGACAGAAAAGAAGCCCAAGGUCGACAAGGCGGCACAUAGCCACGAUACUGAGUCCCCAGCCGCCGCCACUACGGAUGUGACUACUCCGGCUACUACAGAGGCCGAAGGCGAAGGUGCUACCAGUUCCCACGACGCUACCGCCGAGGAUAAUCCAGCAGCAGUAACGGAAACUGAAGCUGAAGUGCCUACUGGUGUUGCGACUGAGCAUGUCUCUGAGGUCCCACCCAAAUUGACAAAGCGUCUAUCGUUUAACAUCUUCAAGAAGCUUCACAAGGCUGACAAGGAAAAAGAGAAAACUGCGGUCAGCACCCCCACGCCUAUUGCCGAGGCAUCGGAGGCAACAGAGGGAGAGGCUACUACUGGUGGAGAAGAGGCUGUUGCGCCUCCACCUCCUUCAAAAGAUAAUGCUCCAGUCGUCGAGUCGACAUCUGUUCCUUCAGAACGCGCUGUGGAAGAGACUGCUUUAGCCCCUGCUCACUAAAGAAAAAAAAAAAAUGGUACGAAGGAAUAACCAUCCCG